AACUGUGACAAAUAUUUUAAAUUAGUGUAAUAAAAUGUGUAAGUUGGUAACGAGUAAGUAACUCGAUGCGUUGACCCGAACAACCCGCAACCCAAUCCGCCCGCAACCCGCCCGGUCCGAAACCCGAUGAACCCGAACCCGAUUUGCCCGUAACCCGAUUGAACCCGAACCCGAUCGACCCACAACCUGACUAACCCGCAACCCGAUUAAACCCGAACCCAAUUGAACCCGAACCGACGAACCCUCAACCCGAUGAACCCGCAACCCGACUAACCCGCAAACCGAUUGAACCCAGCCCGAACCCGCCCGGUUGACACCUAUACUCAUAUCCUCCAGACCUCCACUGAGGUUUAGCGUUGUAUGAAUUUAUGUUCAGCUUUGACAAUUGAAGCAUUCAAAUUUAUUAUUAUAUACUUGCUACAUCAAUAAAUUUUGGUUUUCAACAUCUAACAUUUGGACAGUAUAUAAUAAAUAAAAUAUGUAGGUUAUUAUUGGGGUACGGCUCGGGUCUAAUUGCGCCAUCAAGCUAGUUCAGUACCGUCCACAAGGAACGCCCGCGGUCAAACUACCACGCUCCAAAAGGAACCAGCUCGCGGAAGGAUUCUACCCGCGGAGGAGCCUCCGCAUGUAUGAAAGGGUUCACGGAAGCCAAGGCACAAGAUGGCGUCGUUUUGCUCGACUCAAGCCGGAUGAAGAAACCAAGAAGCGACACCGUUUCCCCUGGGGAACGGUCAAUCAAGGCGCUAGACGGCGUCAUUUUGCUUGACUCAGGCCGGAGGAAGAACUCAAGAAACGACACCAUUUCCCCUGAGAAACGGUCGGUCAAGGCGCUAAACGACGUCGUUUGCUCGACUCAGGCCGGAUGAGGAAAACAGGAAAGACAUUAUUUUCCCUGGAGAACGGUCACAUCCGAGCCCUAGAUGUAAUCAUAGUCUAAAUUACUGUCAGUCCCAUUAGUCAUGUCGCAUUAAUUAUCCACCCACCACAAUGUAGCCUAUAAAUAUGGCAUUUACUCCGUGGAGAGGUGAUGGAUUUUUUACUCUCUCACUCUACAACUACUAAUUUCUCUCUCUAUGAUUCAUCUCCUUCCAAUUACUGCUCCCUUGUAACUGUGAAAUCACAGGAAAGAAAGAGACUGAUUCGUUUCCAUGCUCUCCUCGCCCCUCUUUUACCCUAGUCUCACUGCUACUCUCAGUUAGACUUAAACAAUUGGCGCCUACCAUGGGGCCGCGAGUAGAGAAGCAAUAGGAAAUCAAGUCACGAUGGCGGGACAAAAUCCUAACACCCCCAAUGAAUCAACGCCAAUCAAGGCGAUGAAAAACCCGAGGUUGUUCGUGGAGGCCAGCAACCUAAACAUAGUCUUAAUUGAAGAAGAAGAACCGGAACUGACGGUCAAGGAGGUCCGCCAGCAAAUGGCCAAGCAAAAUGAAGUCAUCGCGGAUAUGCAAGUCAAAAUGAAUCAGGUGAUCGCCCUGAUGAUGAACAAAUAAACUCCCGCGACAACGUUAGAGCUUCUCGUAAUAACACCUCCGCGAAUCCACAAGCACACGAACAUGCCCCGCCAGCAAGAGCAGACCUGGCAUUCUUGGAACAACACCUCUCUCCACAGUAUCGCGUCCCGCCUAAAAGGACCCUACAUCAACUGCUCUGCGCUGAAAUUAUGGCGGAUUUCUAAAGCACAAUGUCCUCACUCGGUUAGGGUCCUGACUCGCUAUGACACAACACCUAACAAUGGCCAAGUGUAACCAAUGAAAGGGACUACAAUAUAGUGGCACAAGUAAUAAAUAUCGAAUCCACGGGUCUCUAGAGUUACUAUUACUCAGCUUCAGUUCAUUAUCUAGCAAACUAGAUUAAGGAUUGAUUUACUAAACUACUCUACUAACUACUCUACUAAUUACAAGUUGGGAACUCACUUAGGUAUGAUUCCCCCUAGCUCCUCAAUUUGGUCCAAGUUGCAAUUACUUUUGGUUGAUCUACUGUUGAUUAAAUUGCUGAAGAUCCUAAAUUAGCUUGGAAUCUCUUAAGCUGACCAAGCCCUCUUAGACAGAAUACCCGGCAGGCGACUAGCCUUCACCGGGAUAGACUGCCAACGCGAUUCACACAGAUCUCCACUACUGGAAUGGAUUCGAGUACAAAGUAGUGAAUUGAUUGACUCUCGCACAACCAAUUCACCACUAUCAAUCAAGGAAGCUCUUUUAACCUAAUCAAAUUCUAUCUAUCAUAGGUUAAAGUAGAAAUCAAGAGAAGAUGAUCAGGCUUCAAUUGACUCUAUAAAUCAUGACUCAAUCGAUUAUAAUCAACCAAUAUAGCAUCCAAAACUUCAUCCAAGAAAGAUCCUAACACAUGGAACUAGAGUUCCUCAAAACCUAAGUGAAGGAAAGUUACUCCAUAGAGAAGAGAGAGACUGCAGAAAUUUUAUCUAGAUCUUCAAUCUCCAUCUCCAAGCUUGAUUCCCGACCUCCAAUGGUGAAGAAAUCCUCCAACAUAGCUCCAAGAAUGUUCCCAAGUCGCUCUCUCUCUCUAGGGUUCGUCCCUUGGGUGUUUGGGAACGAAAACCCAGCUCGCCCUUUCCUUUGGCUCGAAUCUGCCUCAAAAACCCGAUUCUGGGUGAAAUACGGGCAGAAAUACGGUCGUAAUCCUUCCAUGCCCGUAUUUUGCCAAAAACACGCAUUUUGGUUAAGUUUCAGCGCAUCCAAAGCUCCUCUCGACAGUGAAAAUACGGGCAUGCGAGGGGAAAACACAACCUAGCAUAAAAUAGUCCAAGAAAGCAAAAACUCAAGCCAAAAUGAUCAAGAAAUGAGGGUGCAAACA